ACCCCUUUUCAGAAAAAUCAGAUAGGCCUUUAUGUAGUAGAUAUCUAAUUAGGUUUCAACAACAUGAACAUCGUUUCAGAUCCUUGUAAGUUAAUGUAAGGCGUUCGACCUUUAUUUGUCAAAGAGAAUUUGACUAAUUUUUUUUAAUAACAGACGCGACAAAGCUUUUUCUGAGGAAAGCGAUGUCUCAUAAUAUUUGACCAAAAGCGGAGAUUAUUACUGCCCGAGCUCCUUGUUGUGAAGGCUUUGUUCCGUUCUAGUAUCGUUUCGGUUUACAUCACGUUUCGGGAACACAAUAGUAUAUUUUCUACGUAUUGACGGGUGGUUGGAGGGCAGCAUUGGUACAUCCUACUUCCCUAUUUUUCCCCUCUAUUGCUUCUUCCUGUCUGUCUUACCUUUUCCCAGCUUUAAUGGUCGUUAUUGUGUCGAUGUGCUUCUCUCUAUUCAAACAAACAAACAAACAGACGGACAAACAAACAUAUUAUUAUUCUUUCCACUUUUGUUCAGGAAGGAGAAGGCAAGAGCUGUUGUGGUAUCAGCACUCGGAGAUUUAGACGAUAAUUUGCGGGCGGAAGAUCACGAUGGGUCCAUCGGGUGUAUUGGGAGGUCGCCUGCAUGUGGCUGUUUGGGUUUUGGCGCUAACUGCGACGACCUCACCCACAACAGAUGGAUUUGAUGGGCCACUGGUAUACCGGGGUCCCGAGGCAAGAGACGAAAAUCUCACACGAGGGGAUGACGGCAUUGCUCCGAGCCCAUCUAUAAUCGGUGGCAUUAAUGUACCCAUCUCCCUGGUCCCGUAUACAGUUGCUUUACUGCCGGACGUAUUACGUCAUGAUGGGCGUGUCAGAUCUCAGGGACUCCAGAAACCCCUACCUGCAGCUUAUUCAAGUGUCCCGGAAGUACAUUCACAGCAGUUACCGUACCUACCAAGACUACGACAUAGCAAUGCUCACUCUGUCCUCCUCUGCCCGGCUCAACAGUAGGACCUGGAUUGUGUUUCCUGGAUAUUAUCUGGACACUUUGCCCAUCAAACGAUGUACUGUAUCGGGCUGGGGACGCACGCGAACUGGUGAGUUUUUUGUUGGUUGUUGUUACACCUUGUUAGGGUGA